AUGGGUAAAUCCCGGAGACCCCACACGCCGGGACCCUCACAAGCCGGCUCGCCGGGUCGCACCUCGGGCCCCAUGGACGGCUAUGUAUGCACGCCGCGAGACAUGCGGUCCGCGCCGGCCGCAUCCAAAAUGGCGCCGGCCUCCCCAGGGGACAGCAGCAGUGACAGCCUGACGCAGGGCUCACCCAGGGGAGACACUCUGGCGCAUAUUUCAUCCGAGCUAGCCAAGAUCACUGCCAAUAUGCUGUCCAGAGCUGACAAAGCUGAGAUGCUGGCAGAAAUCAGGACUGCAAUCAGGGAGGAAGUCAUGGAGGUGAGGAAAGACCUGACAGCCCUUGAACAAAGGGUAGAGGCCCUUGAAGCAGACAGAGCCCAGACUGUGCAGCACCAACAGGCCACAGACACUGCCACCACCAGACAGGGCAAUGUCCUACUAGAUCUCAGGAGACAACUAGAAGACCUGGACAAUCGCGGAAGGAGGAACAAUAUCCGCAUAAGGGGCCUACCCGAAAACGCGGACGAAACGCUGCCAGAGCUCCUGACAGACCUGUUUACCCAUAUUCUGGGUGACAGAGCCCCAGAAGACUACGGUAUCGAAAGAGCCCAUAGAGCGCUGAGACCCUUGUCCCCUGAGGGACCGCCGAGAGACGUAAUCUGCUGCUUGCUCUCUUACGCCUUAAAAGAUGGCAUCAUGAGAGCGGCGCGCAAUCAACAGAACAUCGCCUUUAGAGACGGGCAGGUCUCGCUUUACCAGGAUCUCUCCGCGCUCACGCUAGAGGCCAGGAGGGCGCUACGUCCAGUAACCGCCAUUCUCCGGGAGCGGAGGAUCCCGUACAAAUGGGGCUUCCCCUUCAGCCUGCAGGCGAGGGUGGGCCAAACCUGGCAUAUCAUCCGCUGGCCAGCUGAUGUUCCACGCUUCCUACGAGCCACGAGUCUACCCGCGGUGACGAUAUCCAACUGGGUCCUGGAGCGACAACCACAGCACCCACGGGCGGUAAGCGACAGGCCGGGCACGGGCCUCACAGGCAGCGGGUUCCGGCGGGGUGGCCCAGACAGCCAUGAAGAAUAA